ACAGACAGAAAGAAGGAAAGAAGGGGGCGGGGGGCGAGAAGAGUACGGGGCCCCAGGGGAUCCGGGAAAGUCCCGACGGUUGCUAUAAAAGGGACGCCCCCUGUUCACCUUCAACCCAGCUCCCACCUGCGCUGCAGCCUCCAGCCCAGCCCAGCCCAGCUUCGCCAGUCGCCGCUGCGCUCCCGUCAUGGACUCACGCCGCUACGCUAGCCUCCGAUAUAUCUUCCUCAUUGCCACAUUUACUGGCCUCGGCCAAGUCAACUGGGCCAAAAGCCUUCCUGUGAUGCAACCUGAACCCAGCAUGCACCAGUGUCUCAGAGGCUCCAAGAACAUGUUGGAGGCCGUAAGCAACACUCUUCAAAAGGCAAGCCAAAAACUUGAAUUGUACUCUUGUUCCUUGGAAGAAAUUGAUCAUGAAGAUAUCACUGGAACCAACACAGUGAGGGACUGCAUACCCCCAGAAUUAAUCAAGAAUGGAAGUUGCCUGGUUUCCAGAAAGACACUUUGUGUUAAGAACUGUUGCCUUAAAAGCAUCUAUGAGGAUCUGGAGAUCUAUAAGGCUGAGUUUAAUGUGAUCAAGGAAACUCUUGCAAAGGAUCCUACAAGGCAGAUUUCUCUGGACCAAAAUAUGUUGGCUGCUAUUGAUGAGAUGAUGCAGGCCCUGAAUUUCAACAGUGAAAAUGUGCCAUUGGUCUCUUCACCCAAAGAACCUGACUUUUACAAGACUAAAGUCAAGCUCUGCAUCCUCCUUCAUGCUUUUAGAAUCCGGGCUGUGACCAUCAACAGAAUGAUGAACUACCUGACUGCUUCUUCCUAAAGGGCUCGUCACCCAAUGACUUUAGGUCUUUGGGAUAAAAGCAAAGCCUAGAGCCUGAAGAUCAUCACCAUCAUGGAUUGACCAAUAGCAAUUUUUAUUGGA